AAAAAGGAGUGUGAUAGAAAAAUAUAGAUUUGUUCAUAGUUUGUUUGAAAUGGAUGAACUUGCAGUUGAAGUGUGUGGUGACAAUGGUGCUCACUACAAGGGUAUUGUCACCGAAGUGUUCGAUGAUGGAGUCAUGGUCGAGUUCGAGAAUGAUUGGCAAGAGGCGUCAAAGUUCCACUUCAAUCAAGUACGAUUACCACCAAGCGAAAAUUAUGAAGGUUUUGUCGAGCGAAUGGAGGUGGAAGUAUUUUCUCGCUCACAUGAAAAUGAAGCGUGCGGUUGGUGGCGGGCGGUUAUAAAGAUGAUGAAAGGAGAGUUUCUCGUCGUUGAAUACCUUGGCUGGGACCACAGUUAUACAGAAAUUGUGAACACUGAUAGGAUUCGAGCAAUAAAUCCUAGUUCAACAAUCAAUGAGAAAACCUUCCAUCGAUUCGAAAUAGAAGUACCGGAAGAAGUGCGCGAAUACGCUAAAAUUGAUGGUGUUCAUAAAGAAUUUCAGAAAACUAUACAAGCAGCUGUUUGUCGGUACAUACCCGAUCGCGGUGUUUUACGUGUUAUCUCUCGAUCCGAAGCAACUCAGCGAAGAGCAACGAUGAUUCAAGAGAUGCAUUUUCGCAAUUUAAAUCAAAAAGUGGUGUUGCUAAAACGUACUGAAGAAGCUGCCAGACAAUUAGAGUCCACGAAAUUACAGAGUUCUGGAGGAUUUACUGAUGAAUUUAAAGUUCGUGAAGAUUUGAUGGGGCUUGCCAUUGGCGCACAUGGUGGUAAUAUUCAAACUGCUCGAAAGCUGGAUGGUGUAUUGAAUAUCGAACUGGAAGAAAACACUUGUACCUUCAAAAUUUCUGGAGAGUCCAGCGAAGCAGUCAAAAAAGCUCGGGCGAUGUUAGAAUAUAGCGAGGAAUCAUUGCAAGUUCCUCGAAAUUUGGUAGGAAAGGUUAUCGGAAAAAAUGGUCGAAUUAUUCAAGAGAUCGUGGAUAAAAGUGGUGUUGUACGCGUGAAGAUUGAAGGUGACAACGAACCUCAGCCUAGCAUUCCGAGAGAAGAAGGACAAGUCCCAUUUGUGUUUGUCGGCACUGUUGAAUCUAUAGCCAAUGCCAAAGUUUUGUUGGAAUAUCAUUUAGUGCAUUUGAAGGAAAUAGAGCAAUUACGCCAAGAAAAACUUGAAAUCGAUCAACAAUUACGCGCUAUUCAAGGUUCAAGCAUUGGUUCUAUGCAAAGUUUUUCAAUGAAUCGACGAUCAGAUCGAUCUUAUAACAAUGAUAGUGACGGAUCCCGUUUAAACCGCGGGGGAAUGCGUGGGCGCGGUGGACGCGGUGGUCGUGGUGCAAAUCAACGAUAUUCUGCUCGUCGUGCUGCAGAUAAUGAGGACGAUUACACAUCCAGAGUUGAUAAAGACCACCGAGGCGGUAGUAGUAACUACAUGGACGUGCGUAAUAAUCGAAAUACCCGGGGACAAAGUGAAAAAAGAGGUGGAGCUACAGUUUUAGCAAGCAGCAAUAGUGCAUCUGGUGUAACAGACCAGAUCAGAUCCGUAGCAAGCAAUGGUAAUUCGAUUAGUGGAGUCUCCAAUACUGGUAUUGGCAACAGUGGAAAAAGAAAUGAACGAAACAAAACGCAAUCGCAUCAGCUACAAAACGCACGACAACUUUCGCAAAUAGUCCCAUCACAAACGGAACAACCAAAGUCCGAACAGACAGGUUUAGCUGGUCCGGAAGAAAGCGCGGAUAAGCGAGACUCAUCUCAAAGGAAUGCAAAUGAAUCGACUUGGACUAGUUCUUGGAACGAUGGUUAUGAACGGAACAACGCAGAACAUGAAAGUAAUUCGUCCAAUGAUGGAACGCAUCAGCGUAGCAGACGACGAUCUAAAAAUCCAACAUUCAAAAAUGCAGCAAACGGAAAUUCGCAAAAUUCUAAUACCAAACCGAAUAACUCCAGCAACAGUACUAUUAUUGCUGUUACAUCCGGCAAUCCGCCAAAUUCUAGCAGCAAGCUUCAAACAGCGAUGCAGCAACAUUCGCAACACAUACAUGCUGGUGCACAGACUAAUUCAAGUGCGUCACAAUCUAAUGGCACCAGCGGGAAUAUAACUACAGUUAAUACAAGUGUUGGCAAUGCAUCCACCCCCGGACCGAAAGUUCAACGGGAUUCGAAUUCGCGUCAUCGAGGCAGUCGUGGCGGAGUUGGUGGCGGUAGUAAACAUAAGCAAACACAACAACACCAGCCAAACCCACAUUCAUCACAAAAUCAACAACAGGAUAGUGAAAAUACUUCAAGUAAAGUUAAUGUCGUUGCUGGUGGAGGCACAGCAUCUACUGGUUCAUCAACGUUAGUAACCGUAAAGAGUGGAAAAGAUGCACUACUAAACGGAUCUUCAUAGAAAUUAUGGUAAUUUGUCAAUGAUGUAACAGUUGUGAAUAACUGUUUGAAAAUUACAUUUUGCCUCCAUCUUCAUGAAGUUUAGCGAAGAAAUAGAGGCUCUGCAUGCAUAAUUCUCAUCUGCAUCAAAGACGUAAAAUCAAUAAUGAUAUAAAUAUGUUCAAAAUAAUCGGUUUGAUUGGGUUGCAUUAAAAGUAUAAUUUAGUUAUAGAGGAACUCUAUCGCGAUUAUAAGUGAAGUGUAAAUUCGAUUGUGUGUGAACAUAAGACAUUUUUCAAUUAGUUGCUCUACAUUUCCUUAAUUGAACAUUUAACAAAAAUGUGAUUGUCUGAUGGAUUCAAAAUUAAUAGUUCUUAUUAUUUAUACGGUAGAAAAGACUUAAUGGUUGUUUGAUAGUUGCGUUUAAAUUAUUCCAGAACAUAAUUCAUACGAAUUAUCACUGUGUCAUCCGCAUGUUUCACUAGCGUCUAAAAACUUAAACAUCUUUCCCCCUCAAGUUGUGCAUUAUAUUAAUUAUAAAAUCGAAGCGUUUUCAUGUGUUUGUAGCUUAUUCUUACUUAAGCAGAACACAGAAAAAGGAAAUGAACAUCUUCAGAACACAUAUUGUGCAACUGAUUUGUCUUUGAUUUUUGUGCGAUUUUUUUCCAGUUCGCGGCUCAGCGGUUGACCUCCUCUGGCUGUUAUUUGAUUAUUUUUGACGCAGGACGCUGUAGUGUAAUGAUUAUUUCACGUUUGAUUCGAUUCUGUUAUUCAUCUUCAACAAUCAGGGUCUUGUUAUGAUAAACUGUGGAAGGAAAUAUUCUGAAAGGAUACUAGCAAUCUGUUUCAAUACCUAUAAUUAUGGAUUCGAUGAUGUAAGGCAGCACUCUCAUAGUAGUCGCACGUAACAAAGGCGACUGUGUUCGGUAGUGUUCUAUCAAAUAUUUUAUAGGAUUGUCAAACUUUGGGUUUAAACAAACGCCGCUGAAAUUUUUCGAUCUUAAAUUGAAUUAUCCAUUGUAUGAAAAAUAGUAUUAAGGCGACUGAAUGUGCAACAAACAAAUAAAAGUCACGCGUGGAUUAAAUGUAAUAAAAAACGUCAUUUUCUCCUCGCGCAAGAGAUUAUUUGAAUUCGCCCCAUGUUCCGAUUCCAAUAAUUUAUUUUUCUUAUUCACUAUCUAAAACAACAUACUUUGAUACAAACGUUGUUUGGUUGGGUUUGUCUUUGAUGUUAAUAGGGUAAUUGUAUUUGCUUCCAUGCCAGAUACGUUGCGUCGCAUACAAACAAUUAAAAUAUUAUUCGUACUCCAAUCAAAACUGUCUGAUUUGUAUACUCGUUUGUGGU